CAACCGGCGGUUUCUUAAAAGAUGGCGGGGGGCGGCGCGUCUUUGGCUGAGGAGCGGGUCGGGCAAGUGGUGGUGCCGGGGGACGCGCUGCUCCUACCCGGCCAGGCCGAGGCGGACGGCGAGCGGCUGCGUCUGGCCACCAGUGGGCCUCAGAAGGGGCGGCUGGUGUGUGGGCCGGGGCUGAGACGCGGCGGGGACGGCCUGCUGGUCACUAAAUGCGGAGUGUUACGCUAUCGGGGGCCCGGCGGAAGUGUUUCCGGGGGGACGUACUGGGUGGACUCCCAGCAGAGGCGGUAUGUCCCAGUCAAGGGAGAUCACGUGAUAGGCAUAGUGACCGCUAAAGCUGGGGACAUAUUCAAAUUGGAUGUUGGAGGAAGUGAACAAGCGUCUUUGUCCUACCUGGCAUUUGAAGGUGCAACCAAAAGAAACAGGCCAAAUGUGCAGGUGGGGGACCUUAUUUACGGCCAGUUCAUUGUCGCCAAUAAAGAUAUGGAACCUGAAGUAGUCUGUAUAGACAGUAGUGGCCGAGCAAAUGGAAUGGGAGGGAUUGGACAAGAUGGCUUCUUAUUCAAGGUGUCAUUAGGCCUAGUAAGAAAACUCUUAGCUCCGGACAGUCAAAUCAUCCAGGAUUUGGGACAACUUUAUCCUUUUGAGCUGGUUUUGGGAAUGAAUGGAAGAAUUUGGGUGAAGGCCAAAACAAUUCAACAGACUUUAAUUGUAGCAAAUGUCUUGGAAGCCUGUGAGCACAUGACUGCAGAACAGAGGAAACAAGCAGUUGCCAAACUGUUAUAGAACUGACAAAAGGAAAAAUAUUGUGGUUUUUUUAAAAAUAUUGUACGUGGAAAUGAUAGGAUAUGCUUUUUAUUUUUAAUAUUUAAGAAAAUAAAUGUAACAGUUCUAGUAUCUUUA